UUUGGAUUUGUUGAAGCUGAUGGUGACCAGUCAUCAGCUUUUGAGACAACAUUUGACUCUUCUGAUGCUGAUGAUGCCAGCAAGUUCCUUCGGAAAGCAUUCGACAUUCUUCAGCCUGGGUACCAUGCCAGCAAAAGAAUGCCAGAGAUGGAUGGUGGAUACUUUAGCCAUUGUCCAAGGUACUACAAACGUUUAAUAGAUUACACUCACAAAUGUGUAUCAUUUAUAACUCGUAUCAAGCCACUGGAGCCACUAAACAAAACAAAAUAACUCACUUUCUUUUAAUGACAACUUACUUUAUGCUUAUAUUUGUUUAUUUGUUUAAAAAUAAAAUAGUUUUGAAUAACAAAAAAAAAAAAAAAAUUAAUUUUUUUCAUUUUAGCUCUCGUUUAAGUAGAUCAGAUAUGUAAAGAUUUAUGUGGGAAUGUUAACAAUGUUUAACUUUUUAAUAUAUUUUUUCAUUACUAAUCCCACCAAUGCUAGAACCAUCCAUGUUAAUACAUUAAUGUGUUAGUACAUAAAUAACAUGAAAUUGUACCAAUUGAACAAUUUACAAAAACUAUGGUUAUCUCACAAUCACAGAGGUGUCCAACUAGGGAAACAUUAUUCUAACCUUCGUAGGCUGAUGGAAGAGAGGGCGCAACUUGAAAUUCUAAAAGACUGCCUGAUUAGGGUUAAAGCUGCUCAGGUGAGGUCAAAUAUUUACCCAGUAAUCUAACAGUGAUUCAAUCAUAUAUUAUAUACACAGUGUUUUAGUUUAUUAUCUAUCUCUUUAUUAAUAUCUUGAUCAAAUUUUGUUUCCCCAGAUAUUUGUGGAAGAGCUCGAAAGCCUACUACAAAUGGAGUGUCGGACCGUUUACUCCAUCAGACACGGUUGCAUCACAGAAACUCCUGCCACAAAGCUGUACUGCCUGAAUGCGCUGUGCGAAGAUCUGCGCCUGCAUGUGGCCCACUGGAACAGCAUCAAGCAGAGGCUGAACACAAACCGCUGGCUGCAGCCAAGACUUGGCCAGCUGUGUCUCCAACUGCAGCACAUCAUGCAGGUCCUAACCUCAGCCAUUCUCAGGGCGGUGUGUAACCUUGAGCAGCUGAUCCAUGUGGGAUUUGAAGUGUUUGCCCAUUGCAACCUAGAGACCUUGACCCCAGAGUUUAUGUGGAACAUUACUAGGGGACUGGAGGAUUUCAACAUCAUUGUCAAUGGUCUCAAGCUGCACUACCAGGUCGAUAAAUCACUGACUUUUGGCAUCCAUCUGUUUGCCAGCACCAGCAACGCCCGUUCAUCUGUAGUUAAUUCGGCUGUAACAAAGCCACUUAGGACUAUUCCGUUCACCAAGAUCCUGAGCAUCCUGGCCAAUGAGAGAUCCAGGUAUGCAGCCAAACUAACUCAUCAGUUCUUCACGCAAAAUGAACACUUUUUUCGCAUGCUGAACUGUGGUAGUCUACCGAGCUUUGAGUGGGAUCACUACCUCCCUCAUCAGAAUCAGCCUCAUUCUGUGAUGAUGCACAGUGAUACCUCUGACUAUCACACUUUCACUGGAAGCAGCGCCAGUCUUAAUGCAACUUUUCUACAAGUUGGCCCAGUGAGGGCCCCUGAUCUCUCCAACCUUGUUUCACCGCUUCUACAGUUCUCACAGAAAGAGCAGGAGUUUGCAGAGACUUUUCUUCUGAUUGUUUGUAACUCGACUUCCUUGCUGAGAAAAAAUGAACCUCACAAGCAGCAUCGGGCUCGCCACAGUAACAAACAGGCAAACUCUAAAACACCUUUAAGCCCUGUCGUCGGUAGGCCCCCCAGGGUGCAGUUUCAAGGGGAGACUCCAGUCAUGACACGCACAGACUCUCAGCGAAAGACCGUUUCAUGGGGCGAUAACGCUGACAACACCAUACGUAGUGCAGUUGUAGCCCACUACAUGGAUUCUAUGUGGACUCACCUUGGCAGAAAUCUAGACUUGUUUCUUGAUGAACCCGCCUGGAGUGGAAGGAAAUGUCUACUGCAGUCAGAAAUGGGAUCUGUGCUCCUUUUCAGUGACACUGUGUCUGCUGUGCUCAGAAACAUGAUUGAGCAUGUUUGCUAUAAAGGUAACUGGAAUUAUAACACACUGUCUCUAGGCAUUAAUUUUCCCUUUUCUCUUAUGUAACAUAUUUAAUUUAAUUUAGAAGUAGCUGAAGUUGAUCUAAUCUUAAAAGCAAAUCAAAAGGAUCUAAUGAUGAAUUUUUAAGCUGGAAUUUAUUCUACAAUGCCUGCAAAUGUUUAGAAAUACUAUUUUAGAAUUUAUAUACAAAACCUGCAAAUAAAUGCUCGUUGCAAUUCCUGCAAGUUUUCUUCUUCACAAGUUAUUAAGGGCUAUAAUGAGCAUUUUUUUAAUCAAUAAAUUAAGAGUGUUUGAACCACAACAAUAUUGAAAUGAGCUUUUUAUUCUAUUAUAGUCUAUAAGACCUCAGUUUUUUUAUGUUUCUUCUGUUAAAGUGUUUGUUUAAUUAAAAAAAAUUGAAACAUAUAUAAAAUUGAUGCACUUGAUGACAACAAAUAAAAUUGCCUACAACAGAUAUGUUUCCACCAUCUUCUGUUCAGCCCUUGCUUGGAGUUGUGUUUAGACUGCAUGCCUUAUCAUCUUAUGGGGCCUGGGAUACUUGUAAGUCAACAAUUUAAACUUUAAAAAAAUUUGUAUCUGAUACUUUUGUAAUAUGCUAAAUUUCUGUGCCUGUUAUUCAGAUAUUAACUGCUUCUUUAAAGAUAUUGUGAAUAUAUAUAAAAAAACCACAGUUCUAGUUGUAUGACUUUUCUGCUCUCUGUCUCAAGUGUUGAAUGCAAUGCUGGCAUCAGAAUCAACAGACAAGUGCCAGCCUUGUUUGAUUAGUGGAGAUUUUUACAGCACUCGAACG